AUGAUAAGACCCUUUGACUCUGAUUUUCAAAAUUUAGUUGAGAUAUUUAAUGAAGCAACAGUGCUGAUAACUAUUGACAUUACUUUUUUGUUUAACUAGUCAGUAGAUGAUGAAGAGGCUAAGAUUUAUGCUGGCUGGAUGUUGAUAUCUAUAGUUUUACUAAAUUUUUUUACAAAUUUCUUGGUUAUCCUUAAAGAAACAAUAAAGUAAUUGAUAAGAUAUAUCGCUUAUAUUAGAAUGAGAAUCAGAAUCAAAAGAGGAGUUAGAAAUUAAAUGCUUUAAGUAACUAAAAUGUUUAAAUUCAAUAGAAUUUCUUUCGAACCUUAUGAUGGAUUUGAUACUCCAAGGGCCUUGCCCAACGGUAAUUAACUUGAAACUAUCUAAGAAGAAUCCUUACACUGGGAUCGAGAUGUUUAAGUCAUUUAAUUUGAGGAUGAUACUCAGAGAUAGACUCAUGCCACAGAGUUUAAAACUACAAAUACCUUAUUUAGCAAAAGGUCUUUAGGAAUUAAGACAUAUUCUGAGAAUAAUUUCGAAUUGCUUUUGAAGUAAAAAUCAAUCAAUACUACUUUUGAUUCUCCUCAAAAAUAAUUAAAAUCAAGAUCUCAAUCAACUGCUUUGGAUAGUGAUUAAAAGGAGUUGAUCAGGAAAAAAAUGGAUGAUACUGAACAUUGA